AUGACUACCAGCGUUAUCAGUAGUCUAUAUCGGCCCAAGGGGGCUAAAUAUGAGUGCGAACUCUGUGGGAAGGAGGCGAAGAUUAGAUGCAACGAGUGUCCAACGUACUACUGUUGCCCGGAACACUUCGAUCACGAUUGGAGGGGAAUCCGAGAGCUCAUAGCCAAGGAUACGACUCUGUUGAGGGAGAGGACGCAAGCACUUGGUAGUGUUGAGGAAAGGGAGAGAGGCGAAGCGGAGCUGCUUAAUAUUAAGGAGGAAGUCCGACACAUAUGCUCGGAAACAGCGAAGGGAUUCCUUAUUCGAGAUGAGUGUUUCUUGGCCAUCCCUGGCGCCCUGCAAGCCUUGAAGCUCACGACUGAGCUCUUCGGAGCUACAUCGACUGAGCUCGUUGAUAGUUACCUCCUCUUAGCAGAGUGUAAUCUAGGAAUAGGUAAACUGAACGUGGCAGAGGAGUUUCUAGGCCUGGCAAAAUGGAUUAUACUGAAAAAUCCCGACGCUG